CCAGCCCAGCCCCGGCGGAGAAGGCUCCCUCUCCCUCUCCUCUCAUGUUUUCGCUACAAGUCAUUAUUCACACAUCGUCCGCAUUUGAUCCCCCACUAUAUUGAACGAGAGUCUUCCAUUGGUAUAAUUCACAAUAGUCUAUUUUCUCUAUCAUUGCCUUUCAAUCCCCACCCUUUCUCCGCAGCGCACACCAGAACAACCAUGUCUCUCAAGCGCAAGGCUUCGUUCCCGACCAUUGCCUCCCCCAAUGCUGAAUCAUUCACGCUCGAGCAUUUGUCAAUGGGCGAUUCCCCGAAACAUCUCAGCAGUCGCACGCGAAAGCGGUUCAGGAACGAUCGUCCCGAGGACAAAGUUGUAUAUGAGAAUACGCUCCGCUGGCUAUUCACAGCCCAGCAGCAACAAGGCCCCGCAGCCUCCCCCGAGGCAGACGAGAACAUGGAUCUGGCGACGCUCCCCUCGUCGGAGAUCGUCGAUCCGCGCCAACAAACCCUCCACAAGUUCUUUCAGCCCUCUCAGAUGUCGUCGUUCCAGCCUCGCGCGAACCAUCUCCAUGGCCGGCCCCACGCCAACUCCCCAUCCAAUGACAUCCUCCCGCAACGCCCAGACUUCGAUAUGGUUUCGACCGUCACUUCGAUUAGUCGCGACACCAGCAGUCCAUCGUCUCACGGUGCCGGCACCGGAAUGGACAUGGACAUGGAUAUGGAUUCCGGCCGCGACGACUCAGGCCAGGAUAUCAGGAAGUGGAUGGGUGGACACGGAUGGAUGCCGUAGUGGUCACUCCGGCGCUCACUACCUUUACCAUGGUUGAUGCCUGCGAUACUAUAACUUGUUGCGGAUAUAACACCCUGCCAAUCACUGCCGGACAUGGUUGGCAUCAUACCCUAUUUGUGUUCAAGAUUAUACUACUAUUUGCGAUACUGUUGCAUGGCGCUGUUGAUUUGAUAAUAUCUAUAUACGCGAUCUGCUGUGCGGUACUGCGGUUUCUGUUUAGCGUUGUUGAAGGGCUUAUAUUCGUGAGUUAAUAUAGUAUAUAAUCUAGCCAUUUUCAGGUUACAUCCUCAUUAAUUAGAUCGAUUAAGA